AGUUUCCCUUCCGUUCGGUUUUCUUCUUCUCUCUACGGUUUUUGUUGAAGACGAGAUUCAGAUCUACAGCGUCGAUUCAGCUUUACUUGGACCGGAAGUCUCACAAAAAUGGCUACGGUGUCCCCUCUCGCCAAGUACAAGCUUGUUUUCUUGGGCGAUCAAUCGGUCGGUAAAACCAGUAUCAUCACUCGCUUCAUGUACGAUAAAUUCGACACCACUUACCAGGCCACGAUCGGAAUAGAUUUUUUGUCAAAAACAAUGUACCUUGAAGAUCGAACCGUCCGGUUGCAGCUUUGGGAUACUGCUGGGCAAGAGAGGUUUAGGAGUCUCAUCCCAAGCUACAUUAGAGAUUCUUCUGUUGCUGUAAUUGUCUAUGACGUAGCAAACAGGCAAUCAUUUUUAAAUACUUCUAAGUGGGUAGAAGAGGUGCGAACAGAAAGAGGCAGUGAUGUCAUUAUUGUCCUUGUUGGGAACAAGACUGAUCUUGUUGAUAAAAGGCAAGUCUCAAUUGAGGAAGGAGACGGUAAAGCUCGGGAAUUUGGAGUCAUGUUUAUAGAAACCAGUGCAAAAGCAGGAUUUAAUAUCAAGCCUCUAUUCCGCAAGAUUGCUGCUGCCUUGCCAGGAAUGGAAACCCUUUCUUCCACGAAACAAGAAGACAUGGUUGAUGUAAACCUGAAGCCCACUGUCAAUUCAUCACAGACAGAACAGCAAGGAGGGGGUUGUGCAUGUUAGUGACGUGAAACACUCUAUAAUGACAAGAUAAUAUUUCAUAUGAGUUGGCUGAAUUUGUCAAACAUGAUGACAAAAAAGGAUUCUGAUAUCAGUCACCGCAGACCGAGAGCUUACAGCAGUGCGAUCUGAGGCCAUCUGUUAGCUGAACCCCAUCAGUGUUUGAGUGCUUAUGAUGCAGAAGGUAGGAAUUUCUUGCUUGUAGGAUUAUGAAAACUGACAGUUCGGAGGUUUUUGUUAGUUCUUUCUCUCUUUCUUGUUUAUCUUAUUACCUUUGUGUUACUGGAGAUUACUGAUUCUGUCCCAAGUUGUCUUGGACCAUGGCGUAUUCACGCAACAUUUCAUGUCAAGGAUAUGGUAUCCUGGAGUGAUGGUAUAUGGUUAGAGCAGAUGUUGUGCACAGCAGUAUUAAUUGCAAUAGAUAUCACGUUCAGAUUCUUAUCUAA